CGCCGUCCUCCCGCAGGCACGAUGAGCUUCCUGAACGCCACGGCCACCAGCCUGCUGGCGGCGGACGCCGACCUCCGCUACAACGACCUCCACUCCACCGCGGCCGUGAGCCUCGCCGACGACGCGCUCCUCAGCACCCUGACGGACGACGUGGAGACCACCGCUCAGGGCGACUACCUGGACGACCUGGCGACCUCCAACGAGACGGACGAAUGCAUGAAGACGUACAACAACAUCAGCACCGCGGCGCCCUCGCUCCUCAGGUUCAUCCUCUACGGCGUCCUGCUGACGACCGUCGGCCUCCUGGGCCUCGCCGGCAACCUCAUCUCCAUCACCAUCCUGUCCAGGCCCAAGAUGCGCUCGUCCAUCAACUGCUGCCUCAUCGGCCUCACGUCCUUCGACAUGAUCGUGACGACGACGUCCGUGCUGCUGUUCGGGCUGCCCGAGAUCAGCGAGUACACGUACACCAUGGUGUGGUACACGAGCGGCGUCUACCAGAGGGUCACGCCCUUCGUCUACCCGCUGGGGCUCAUCGCGCAGACGGGCUCCGUCUACCUGACGGUGACGGUGACGGUGGAGCGCUACGUGGCUGUCUGCCGGCCGCUGAGGGCGCGCUCGCUGUGUACGUACGGCCGCGCCAAGAUGUACGUGCUCUCCGUCGUGUUCUUCUCCGUGCUCUACAACCUGCCGCGCUUCUGGGAGGUGUCGUACAAGGUGUGCGAGUUCGAGGACAUCUCCUUCGUGAUCGUGGUGCCGUCGCAGCUCCGCCAGAACGAUUACUACAAGCAGGUGUACAUCAUGUGGAUGUACCUCCUCAUUAUGUACCUCAUCCCGUUCCUGAGCCUUAUGAUCUUCAAUACGUUUAUCUACAGGGAGGUCCGCGCCGCCAACAUGGAGCGGCAGCGGCUGAGCCGGCUGGAGAAGAAGGAGAUCGGGCUGGCGGUGAUGCUGCUGGUGGUGGUGACGGUGUUCAUCGUGUGCAACGUCCUCGCGUUCAUCAUCAACGUGCUCGAGCUCCUGGACAUCGCCAUCGACGAGCUGACCAUCCUGAGCAACCUGCUCGUCACCGUCAACUCGUCCGUCAACUUCAUCAUCUACUGCAUCUUCGGCCAGAAGUUCCGGAAGCUGUUCCUCAAGAUGUUCUGCUCGCGCAUCCUGGCGGCGUCGGCGGCGCGCGACACGGCCAUGGCCGAGUCGGGCGCCUUCGCCAACAACACGGUGUUCGGCGAGUCGCGGCUCCUCACCAACGGCCGCUCCACGCACACCUUCCGCCUCACGUCGUGGAACGGCUCGCACCAGGGCCGCCUCCUGCAGGGCCACGGCGGGGCGCCCGGCGCCCACGCCAUGUCCUGCGCGUCCCCCUGGCGCCCCUCCAAGUACCCCGGCGCCACCUUCGACGACCCUUCGGCGCCCUCCACCAUCGCCACCUCGUCCUUCAACCACGCCCGGAGCCCCGAUGGCAGCCGCGCCCUCCUCGCCUCCAAGCAACCGCUCUACCUCCAGACAGACAAGACCAGCGAGAAAACCCACCCGGGAGAGCCAGUGCGUCUGCAGUGCAUAAGUUGUGAGGACUGCUGCUCCUCACUCAAGGGCCACCCGCACGUCAGAUAGGGGAGUUUGUGAGACCUCGAGCCAGGCUGCAAACACACGCGCGUGCAUUGUACGAGUCAGCUGAGGAAAAGAGGGACAACAGCUGACAGCAGCUGAAAGGGGCGACAGCAGUGACACACAACAGCUGACCGUGGAAGUGCCAACGCUAUUGAGGAAACACAAUAUACCUCGUCAUUCCUGCAAAACAUGUGUAAAACAUUUAAUGAUAAAGAAACAAAUAUCAGAGCAAAAUGGAAGUAAAAACAAAAUUAGCUUAAGAUUGGAAAACAGAAUGGAAAAAAAUAAGAGGAAAGGUUGUUAUGAAAAUAAAAAUGAAAAUGGAAUGCAAUGCGAAAUGCAGUUAUGUUGACAGGACAGGAAGAAAACAAAAAGAGAGAAAGACAAUUGCAAUAGAGACCGAUACCACAAUCAAAGCUGAAGGGGGGGGAAUGGAAACCUAGAUGUGAUUUAAUUGUUUUUGCGAACGGCUGUUGCCAAGAUCGUUUCGCAAAGCCUGUGAUGAAAACAAACACUGUGAUGAGUUGGCCUGACCUUAAUGGCCGUUGCUCAGGCCGGCAGCCGACUCCCGGAAGCCGAGAGAAGAAAAUGUGUAACUUGUAUACGAAAUUCUUUUUGAUUGUUACACGAGUGUCUGAAUGUCCUAUGUGUUGUCUAUGUAGAGGGGUUCCUCUUGGCUGUUCGGUCAGAGAAGAGUCUCUGACGUCAGGUCGAACCACGGACGCUCAACUGGCACCGCUUCGUCAACACUGCCUACGCGGACAGUGCCAAAGAGUGCCUGGCAGCUGAGGAGAGCCAAAGAAGAGAUAGAGUGUUCCAUGGGCAGAGAAAGACCCAUGGCCCCUUCCUACCUACUUCCUGCGUCCUUGCGUCCGCUUCUUCCGACGGAGUCCUUCCAGAACCCACCGCUUUGGCUUCCGCGCUUGGACCGGGUGCUUGGGGGAGACACCCGCGACCAGCGCGGCCUCGACCCGCUUCGCCGACGACCCUUUCGGUGUGACCUCGAACCAGUCCUUUGCCGUGACCCUUUCUUACUUCCAGGCAGACACCAAUACGAAAAAGUAUAAGUGAAUGAAUGUAUAUACAUGUGUGUGUGUGUGUAUAUAUACAUACAUGUAUAUACAUACAUGAUAUCCUGACGUAAGACAAUUAUGUAACACAAGAAAAAAAGGGUCAGGACCUUGACUCUACGUCGCCUCCACUAGAACGAGAGAGGGGCGUGACGGGGACCCUGACGGGGACCCUGACGUAAGGAACCUCUCACUUCCUGAGCAGUUCCGGAAGGAAAAAAAGGAAAGUGCUGCGAGAAGCCCAACGCAGAGAGAGACCGGGGCUGGAGGCGAGACGGAGCCGCCCCUGGUGGCCUUCCUGCAGCUGCUUCAGAUAGCGCCUUGACCUGCCGUGACCCAAGAGCAAACAGGUCAGCAAAAGGCCUUCUGAGGUGUAGCACAAGGUCCUUCAAGACAUCUCUUCAAGGAGGGUGGCCGUCACUCGCUUACAAACCGCUGUGAAGUAGAUUUCGACUCACCUGUGGUGUUGAAAGACCUUCAAAGGAGGACUAACACAAAUGAAAGAAUUUUAUCCUUAAAUAAUUUUGAUUUUUGAAAUCGUUCAGAUGGUGCUACUCACAAAGAAAGAGACUAUAGUCAGAAAAAAAAAAUCAAAUAAAAAUAAUGAAAAACAAUUAUACAGUUUUUCAGACGUUAACGUGAACGAGAGAAUCAUAAAAAAAAAAAAAAAAUCUUGUUACAAAUGGAAGAUUAUUUUGUGUAUAUAUUACAAUUUCCAAACACAAUGGAUGACUUUCAUUUCAAAACGAGAUGAAAGAAUACAUGUGGUCGGAGAUAUACCAUAAUAUAUUUAUGAAAUAGAAUCACACUGAGUGUGAUAUUUAGCUCAUAGAAUUUCCAAAGCAUAUCAGCCACUCUUUGGAUAAUUAUACAUCUAUCAAAAUGCAUAUGCAGCUGUUUGUCUACACACAUACAUUUGUGGGUAUGUAUAUCGGUGAAUAUAUAUACAAAUACACAUACAUACAUAUAUAUACACAUAUGUUUAUACACAAAUAUUUAUUAUAUAAAUGUACAUAAUACCAAAAUAUAUGUCUAUAUAAAUAUAUAUAUAUGGAAAUUUUGCUAAUAAAAUGGGUAAUAAUAAAUAGGUAAUGAAAUGGAACAAAGGAAAAGGGUAGAAACAUUGUGUAAAAAAUAAUACAAAACUUGUGUUUAAAGUGAGACAUAUCUAACAAGUGUGAAAUUGUCGUUACGGUGAUUGAAUUAUACCGUAAACAAUUGCAUGGCUGUUAGUUACUUCGGGUUUUAUCUCGUGAAUGUAAAUUGAUUCGCAGAUGAGAUGGUCGAGUCCGUUAAAUGUUGUUGACAAAAUUUUGAAAUCACUGAGUGAAAAGGAGGUGUUCUGCGUGAGAAUGUUGGCGACAGCGAAGGAAGGUGGUCUGCUCUGAGAUUUACCCAUAUGAUCAAGUAUUGUGUAAUUAAAUCAAGAACUUCAUUUCGUUAUCACAUUGGACCCAGGUGGAGCAGGUUUUAAAUGCUCCGUAGAUUGGAGUGAUGUUAUUUUUUGUAUUUCAGGAGUGAGAAACUUAAAUAGUUCAUCCUCAAAACAGUGAAAUUGGUUUUCUGUAAACCGUAGUGCCGUAAACCGUUUUCUUUGGAAUAUGCGUGUCACGAAAGGAAAGUUUAUUUUCCUUUUCUGUUUCACGCGUAAACUUAAUGUAUCGAUGCUGUUCAUUCUGACAUGGCAGGAGUUGUUAGCUGUCGUUUGAACAGAUGUAAAGGUGCCAUCUCUUUAUCUUUUAUAGAAUAUUGGUUUAAAAUCAUUUGGGCAGUAACUUAACCAAUUACAUUCACGAUGACAUAAGAAAGCGACUGCAUACCUUGGGCCAAGUGGUGAACCCAUAUAGCCACUCCGUUAAAAUUAUAACAACAAAAACACACAAAAGGCGUAGUUAUCCUGAACAAGACUGAUCACUAUAACAAACUAUCUAACAUUCUUUCAGACUCGUCUAAACUUAAACUUCUAAAUGUCGAUCCGACUUCCAAUCUCCUUAAACUUGAGGGUAAACUAAACAGAAUUUUACGAAUUUAAAACAACGAAAACAUGUAUUUCUGCUUCUGGCUCUUGACUUGAUCGUUUAAGUGGAUUCUCCAAAGUUAACAAAAUAGGUACACCUCAUAGGCCUAUCGUGUCAUCAGCUAAUGCAUUUAAUUAUAACUUUAAAAGAAUGUAUCAUUCCAUUUCUGCUGCUGUCUCUCAACUCGGUCGUUUAUAUGGACGCCUGUUAGGCCUAUCGUGUCCUCUAUUAAUGCGUUGCUAAAUUCCUCGUCCAAAUUCACCCAACUCCAAACCACUAAUGAGAACACUACUGCCAACACAUUCGAUUUCGUGGAUGAAAUUAAACAACUUAGCAUUGAAGAUUCAAAAGUAAUGGCUAGCUUUGACGUUGAAUCAUUAUUCACUAACGUCCCUCUGUCAGACUCUACACAGAUUAUUACGGACACCAUAUCCGAUGAGUUUAAACAAAAUAAAAAUCUUUUUUUUAAUGUUGCUACUAAAGAUUCUGUUUGUUUGUUUUUAUGAUAAACCAUAUACUCAAAUAGACUAUGGCUAUGGGUCCACCACUUGGCUCAAGUUAUGCAAACGCUGUCCUAUGGUUGUAAUUGGUUAAAUAAUUGCUCAAACAAUUUAAAACCAAUAUUCUAUAAAAGAUAUAUAGAUGACACGGUUCUUUUCUUCAAAUGACACCUAACUAGUCCAGUCAUACCUGAAUGAAAACCAUCCAAACAUUGAGGAAAACUAUUUAAAUUUCUCACCCAUGAAAUAUAAAAUUAACAGCAUCACCACUCCAGUUAACCGAGCAUUGAACUUAUAGCCCACCUGGAUCCAGUUUCAUAACGAAAUGAAUUUCUUGAUUAUUUCAGAAACGAUGCCUAUUUUGACAUUUUUAUAAGACUGUUAGACCAUUCUUACAUAAUAAACUACGCUUCUCCACAAAAACCCACACUGCUUCCAAAGACCUAAGUACAAACAGUUACCGUACCUCGGACAUGUAAACAAUUACGUGAGAUGCUGAAUCUUUCGUUCCCACGUGUUUUUGUUAACUGAAAUAUAUUACUUCUUUCUUUGAGAAGAGGAUGGCUCUGUCCUCAGAACUAUGUUCAAAUAUCGUAUCCAUUUUUAACUGCCCUAGAUGUAAUGCAAGGCCUGAACGAUGGUUCAAAUACAUAUGGGUGAAUUAUAAGAACAGAGUCUAAGCAGACCGUCUUCCUCCGCCAAAAUUCUCACAUAGAAGACGACCCUUUCACUCAAUGAUUUCAAUUUUUUUUCAACAACAUCUAACAGACUCGACCUUCUCAUUUCUAAAUCCCUGUACAUUCUGAGAUAAAACCCGAAGUAAA